UGGACACGGGCGGGCCCGGACACGCACGCGGCGAGCCGGCCUCCUCCCCGCACCGCAGCUCCCCGCUCCCGGGUUUGGUUUGAAGCCGCAGCACCGCGCGCCCCGCCGGCCGGCCGGCCGCGGUUCUGGUUCCUCCCGGAGACAGACAGGGCGGAGGCAACUGGGUCGCUGCCCUGGGCGUCGGCAGGGCCCCGAGCCCGGAGCACAAAGAUCCAACAAAGAUUGCGGAGAAACAUUUGUCUUCUCCUCCAAACCCAACUCCGCCCGGCUCGGCCAAUCCUGCCUGCGCUUCCCAACGUCCGGCACAAUGGAUUAAGUUUCACCUCCGGGGCCAGGGUCGGGCACAACGGGGGCAGGAUGAAGGAAAAGGCGAUGAUCAAGACCGCCAAGAUGCAGGGCAACGUGAUGGAGCUGGUGGGCAGUAACCCCCCGCAGAGAAACUGGAAGGGGAUCGCCAUCGCCCUCCUGGUCAUCCUGGUCAUCUGCUCCUUGAUCGUCACCUCAGUCAUUCUGCUGACACCAGCGGAAGACAACAGCCUAUCUCAGAAGAAGAAGGUCACGGUGGAAGAUCUCUUCAGCGACGAUUUCAAGGUCCAUGACCCUGAGGCAGAGUGGAUCAGCGACAAAGAAUUCAUCUACCAGGAGCUGAAAGGGGACGUGUUACUCCACAAUGUGGAAACAAACAUCUCUACUGUGUUAAUAGAAGGCAAAAGAAUUGAAUCCCUGCGUGCCCUGCGCUAUGCCAUCUCCCCAGACCGCGAGUAUGCCCUGUUCUCCUACAGCGAGGAGCCGAUCUACCAGCAUUCCUACACUGGAUACUACGUCCUGAGCAAGAUCCCUCAUGGAGACCCCCAAAGCCUGGACCCCCCAGAGGUCAGCAAUGCGAAGCUGCAGUAUGCAGGCUGGGGCCCGAAGGGGCAGCAGCUGAUCUUCAUCUUUGAGAACAACAUCUACUACUGUGCACAUGUGGGCAAGCAGGCCAUCCGAGUGGUGUCCACGGGCAAGGAGGGCGUCAUCUACAAUGGCCUCAGCGAUUGGCUAUAUGAAGAGGAGAUCCUGAAGAGCCACAUCGCCCACUGGUGGUCUCCAGAUGGGACGCGCCUCGCAUAUGCUACCAUCAAUGACUCCCGUGUGCCACUCAUGGAGCUACCAAGCUACACGGGCUCUGUUUACCCCACGGUGAAGCCCUACCACUACCCCAAAGCCGGCUUCGAGAACCCCAGCAUCUCCCUGCACGUCAUCGGCUUGAACGGGCCUACCCAUGACCUGGAGAUGGCGCCACCUGACGACCCCCGCAUGAGGGAGUACUACAUCACCAUGGUGAAGUGGGCCACUAGCACCAAGGUUGCUGUGAACUGGCUGAGCCGGGCACAGAAUGUAUCCAUCCUCACCCUCUGCGAUGCCACCACUGGAGUCUGCACCAAGAAACACGAGGAUGAAAGCGAAGCCUGGCUCCACAGACAGAACGAGGAGCCCAUGUUCUCAGGGGAUGGACGCACCUUCUUCUUCGUCCGGGCCAUCCCACAAGGCGGGCAGGGCAAGUUCUACCAUAUCACUGUGUCCUCGUCCCAGCCCAACAGCAGCAAUGACAACAUCCAGUCCAUCACCUCUGGGGACUGGGACGUUACCAAGAUCCUGUCCUAUGACGAGAAGCGCAACAAAAUCUACUUCCUCAGCACUGAGGAUCUGCCCCGGCGGCGGCAGCUCUACAGCGCCAGCACCGUGGGCAGCUUCAACCGUCAAUGCCUGUCCUGUGACCUGGUGGGCAACUGCACCUACUUCAGUGCCACCUUCAGCCACAACCAGGACUUCUUCCUACUCAAAUGUGAGGGUCCUGGUGUCCCCAAGGUGACAGUGCAUAGCACAGAGGACAACAGAAAACUUUUUGACCUGGAAACCAACGAGCGGGUGCAGAAGGCCCUGAGCGAGCGUCAGAUGCCCAAAGUGGAGUUCAGCAAGGUCAAGGUGGAUGACUACAGCCUGCCUCUGCAGAUCCUCAAGCCAGCCACCUUCAGCGACACGGCCCACUACCCCCUGCUGCUGGUGGUGGACGGCACCCCCGGCAGCCAGAGCGUGGCUGAGAAGUUUGAGGUGACAUGGGAGACGGUGCUUGUCAGCAGCCACGGGGCUGUGGUGGUCAAAUGUGACGGACGAGGCAGCGGCUUCCAGGGCACCAAGCUCCUGCACGAAGUGAAGCACAAGCUGGGCUCCCUGGAGAGGAAGGACCAGAUAGAGGCUGUGCGGACGAUGCUGCAUGAGCAGUACAUAGACCAGACCCGUGUGGCUGUGUUUGGAAAGGACUAUGGCGGUUACCUAAGCACUUACAUCCUCUCUGAGAGGGCUGAGAACCAGCACCCCAUGUUUGCCUGUGGUGCGGCCCUGUCCCCCAUCACUGACUUCAGGCUCUAUGCCUCCGCCUUCUCUGAGCGAUACCUGGGUCUCCUUGGACUUGACAACCGAGCCUAUGAGGUGACUAAGGUGUCCCACCACUUGUCUGGACUGGAUGAGCAGCAGUUCCUCCUCAUCCACGCCACUUCGGAUGAGAAAAUCCACUUCCAGCACACGGCGGAGCUAAUCACACAGCUCAUCAAGGGGAAGGCCAACUACAGCUUACAGAUCUACCCAGAUGAAAGCCAUUACUUCCAUAGCGACCUGCUGAAACAGCACCUGUACCACUCCCUCACCCGCUUCUUCGUGGACUGUUUCCGGGUCCAGGACAAAGUCCCUGCAGCGGCAGCAGCCAGAGAAGACGAAGAGGACUGAAGCACCAGCCUGAAGCCCAGCUUAGCUCUGCCCAGACAGAGGAGGGACCAUGUGCGGGAACCCGCCCACAGCAGGGGGCCCUGCCAUAGCAUGCGACUUGGGGGCUGCAGGCAGGAAUGAACGUGGACCCCGGGCUCUCAGCCAUCCCUGGCCCUCCCCCAGACACAGGACAGCUAGAAACACGAACACGGGGGGGCAGAGGCCGUUGGCACCUUACACAUGUGCCGGACCCCCAGAGUUCUGAGAGCACAAAGACUGCCAAGAACCCAUCCCUAUUGGCCCCUUGCUGCUCCGAGCCCCCGCAGCAGGGCCCAGAUGCGUCUUGCUGUCGCUGUGCUCUUAGUCCACCUUUCUGAAUUAAUCCGUAUUUUUCUAUGGUUUUUACCUGCCACUGGGCCCAGUCUUGCAGCUGUUCUGCUCAUUUCAUUUUGUUCUGCUUUGUGUUUCUUUCGUCUUGCUCUGUCGGCCCCACGCUUGUUUGUAUAAAGACCCAUCAGAGUAACUAACUGCUCAGUCCCCCUGGGGUGGCCUGAAGAUCCCUUCCAGACUUUUCAAAAUGCUGGGGGGGUACCAUUGUUAGUCACUAAAAGUAUAUCAAUAAAACCUCUCUCCCAACAC